AUGGCAAGCGGCUUGCAGCGAUCAGGCCAGGCCAAUCAUGGUCAUACCGAGAAGAAGGACAUUCUUGUUGAGCGAGGUCACAUUUCAGGGUCCCUGCAAGUCACCGAUCACCAUACAGCACCAAACCACAUUUGGACGACUGAACAAACCAACCUCCUGACCUUCCACGCAGUCGACAACUUAACAUUGGAUGGGAAUGGCGAGAUCGAUGGCCAAGGUGCCAUCUGGUGGGAUUGCUAUAACCAUAAGAGAUGCAAAACCCGGCCUAUUUUGCUGGGCUUCUCUUUGUGCAACGAUCUAUGGGUCAGAAGGAUACGUCUGAAGAACAGUGCAGACAAGCACAUGACCCUGUUCCAGUGCAACCAGGCGCUCGUGGACAGUGUCUCCAUCACUGCGCCAGCUGAUAGCCCCAACACAGACGGCAUUACUGUGGCGUCGUCGAACAGCACCAUCAUCUCCAACUGUUCUAUCCAAAGCGGAGAUGACUGUGUAUCAAUCCUAUCACACACAAAAAAUGUUACCGUCACUCACAGCACAUGCGGUCCUGGUCAUGGUAUCAGUGUGGGAAGCCUCGGAAAAUCUGAGAGAGCGAAGGUGGAACAAAUUGUAGUAACUAAUUGCAGCUUUGUUGGAACUAUGAAUGGUGUGAGGAUAAAAUCCUGGCAGGGAGGGAAGGGAUAUGCAAAAGGAUUCCUUUUUGCAAGCCUCAACAUGACAGAAGUUCGGUAUCCUAUUGUCAUCGACCAGUUCUACUGCCCGCAAGGAAAUUGUCCUACAAAGCCUGGUGGCGUGGCAAUAAGCGAUGCAAAAUUUAUUGACAUCCAAGGGACAUCCUCCGAGCAAGAAGCCAUCAAAUUAUUAUGCAGCCAAAGUGUUCAUUGCCAUGGUAUAUAUCUCAGUAACGUUAACCUUUCUUGGGUGAAACAUACUGCCCCAGCAAACGCAACCAUUCUGAAUGCCCAUGGAACAACUGAGGGCAUGGUGGUACCAAGAAUACAGUUUUCACAGCCUUUGUAG